UUCAAGUAAUUAAUUGUUUUCAUCUGUUUCUUUACAGAUUAUUUAUGCCAUUAUAACAUAACAACACCAUUUCAUCAUUUUACUAAACAAACCGAUUUUACUAAACAAAACCGAAAAAUUAAAGAAAAUUUUAAAAAUUUUAAAUUUUUAUUAAAAAUUAUUUUGUGGCAUUGAAUCCAAUUUUGACAUUUUUUAAUUUUCAUCAUUUUUUUCUUUUUUCUUUUUGUUAAUUUUAAUUUUAGAUUUGGUAAAAAUAUUAUUUUAAUUUUGGUGGUUUAUUUUAAAUUCCGAAGAAAUGACUAAAAUAAAUGUUAGAUGCGGGUCUAAAGUACUCGCGGUUGAGGUUGAUUUAAAUGAGUCACCAAUGCUUCUGAAGGCUCAGCUUUUUGCUCUAACUGAAAUUCCACCGGAGCGUCAAAAAUUAUUAAUUAAAGGCAAAGCAAUAGGAGAUGAGAAUUGGAAUGGAAUCGCCGUUAAGGAUGGUUCAACUAUUAUGCUUAUGGGGGGAUCUGCUUUAGCGACCAAAGAAUCCACUAAUGUUAAUACAGAAAAUUUGGAAGAGAAAGAAUCAGAUGAGAAAAAGGCUAAAACGGAAUCUCACAUUGUUUUGCCUGCUGGCUUGGCAAACUUAGGAAAUACUUGUUAUAUGAAUGCGACAAUUCAGUGCUUUAAACUAUACGAACAAAUGGAUUCUGGCGCUUCCCGCCCUCGUGUUAUUGCUGCAGAUUUAACUGAAUCCGAUCAAGCCAUAACAGUCACGCCAUUAUUGUUUUUGCAUGUUCUUCACAAUAUUUUCCCGCAAUUUGAAUUAGGCGAACAACAAGACGCAAAUGAAUGUUUUUGUGAAUUGUUACGAUUAAUUUCUGAUGAGUUAAUUGUUCCAAUUGACAAUGAGAAUAAUACGGGUUCCUUAAAUAAUGAAAACCAAAUUCGGCUGAAAAAAUUCUUUGAAAUUAAAUAUCAAGUAAAAACUAAAUGUUUGGAAGAGGGGUCAACUGAAGAAGUGCAAACAAGUGAGGAAACUGGAUAUCAGGCAAGUUGUUUCCUUAGCCAAUCUGUUCGGUAUAUCCAAUCUGGAAUUAAAUGCAAAAUGACUGAAGAAAUUGAAAAACAAUCGGAAGAAUUAGGUCGAGAUGCAAAAUACGAGAAGAGUUCACUUAUUGAUAGACUUCCUGCUUAUUUGUCUGUUCAAAUUGUGCGAUUCUUCUUCAAGGAGAAAGAAAAUAUUAAUGCAAAAAUACUCAAAGACGUUAAAUUUCCAAUGGUUUUGGAUAUGUAUGAUACUUGCACACCCGAAUUGCAAGAAAAAUUAAAACCGGCACGUCAACACUUGAGUGAAUAUGAAGAAACUCGAAUGGAAAUGUUGCGUAAUGCAAAGCUAGCUGAGGAUCCUGAAGCCAAAAAACCUUGUUUAACACCAAAAGGAUUUUAUCCAAAUACAUUUGCUGAUGAUAUUGGUUCAAAUAAUAGUGGAUUUUACGAGUUAAAGGCUUUAAUAACUCAUAAAGGCCGGGCAAGUAAUUCUGGUCAUUAUGUUGCGUGGAUACGUGUUGGGGAUGGUGAUGAUGAUGUCGAGGGAAAGGAUACAAAAAACAACAAUCAAGAGAACGUUGGGAAUUCAAAAUGGGCAGCCUGUGAUGAUACAGAUGUUUAUCCAGUAUCCGAAGCAGAAAUUCUUAAAUUGUCGGGUGGUGGUGAUUGGCAUUGUGCUUAUGUUCUUUUGUAUGGGCCGAAGAAAAUUCCAAUGUUAUGA